CAAACUAUGGAAUCUUAAUGACAGAUGGGAAAUCAAAUGAGAGGAUGGCUUGGUGAUUUUCAGCUGGAAUGAGGCCAGAGGGACUAGUAAGCAUCCUGUAGUUACCUUCCAAUAUCCAGCUCAGAACUCCUGUUGGAGUUUGACAUGGCAUCCUCCAAACAAACCCACAUGAAAUGAUUAAUUGAACCUUAUUCUUUUUUAUUUUCAUUAUGAGGGAGAGACAGAAAUAUCAUAGUCCAGCUUCAAAGUCCUAUAUCUCUCAUUGAGUCAUUUAUUUCCUCCUAACUCCCUCUCUCUUAAGCUCUAUAAAUUUCUCUCUCCUUUCUUAGCGUUUUAUCCAAAAAUCUUCAUAAAAAAACCCUCAUUUACCCAUUUCAUAUAAGCUCGCGAUCUCCCAUCAAGAAAAAUGAGAGAAAUUCUCCACGUUCAAGCAGGCCAAUGUGGUAACCAAAUUGGUGCCAAAUUCUGGGAGGUUGUGUGUGAUGAACAUGGCAUCGAUGCCACAGGAAGUUAUGUUGGUAAUUCUCACCUUCAGCUGGAGAGGGUGAACGUUUACUACAAUGAAGCAAGUGGUGGUCGCUAUGUUCCUAGAGCCGUGUUAAUGGACCUUGAGCCGGGUACCAUGGACAGCUUGCGGACAGGUCCUUAUGGGAAACUGUUUAGACCUGAUAACUUUGUUUUCGGUCAAAGUGGGGCUGGAAACAAUUGGGCUAAAGGGCAUUACACUGAGGGAGCUGAAUUGAUUGAUUCUGUUCUUGAUGUUGUUCGCAGAGAGGCUGAGAACUGUGAUUGCUUACAAGGGUUCCAGAUUUGCCAUUCACUGGGAGGAGGGACAGGGUCGGGAAUGGGAACACUUCUGAUAUCAAAGAUCAGGGAAGAAUAUCCUGAUAGGAUGAUGUUGACUUUCUCAGUGUUCCCGUCGCCCAAGGUUUCUGAUACUGUGGUUGAGCCCUACAAUGCAACCCUCUCUGUGCACCAGCUUGUUGAAAAUGCUGAUGAGUGUAUGGUCCUGGACAAUGAAGCUCUCUAUGAUAUUUGUUUCCGAACCCUCAAGCUCACAAAUCCAAGCUUUGGUGAUCUCAACCAUCUGAUCUCAACAACCAUGAGUGGAGUAACAUGUUGCCUCCGUUUCCCUGGUCAACUCAAUUCUGAUCUUCGCAAACUAGCCGUCAACUUGAUCCCCUUCCCACGCCUCCACUUCUUCAUGGUUGGUUUUGCACCCUUAACUUCCCAUGGCUCCCAACAAUACCGUGCACUCACCAUCCCUGAACUCACUCAGCAAAUGUGGGAUGCCAAAAACAUGAUGUGCGCCGCUGAUCCACGCCACGGCAGGUACCUAACAGCCUCAGCUAUGUUCCGUGGCAAAAUGAGCACCAAGGAAGUUGAUGAGCAGAUGAUGAAUGUACAAAACAAGAACUCCUCCUACUUUGUUGAGUGGAUACCUAAUAACGUUAAAUCAAGUGUUUGUGACAUUCCGCCAACUGGGUUAACCAUGUCUUCUACGUUCAUGGGAAAUUCCACAUCGAUUCAAGAAAUGUUUAGGCGUGUUUCAGAGCAAUUCACAGUCAUGUUUAGGCGAAAGGCAUUCUUGCAUUGGUAUACUGGGGAGGGGAUGGAUGAGAUGGAGUUUACAGAGGCUGAAAGUAACAUGAAUGAUUUGGUUUCAGAGUAUCAACAAUAUCAAGAGGCUGCUGCAGAUGAGGAGUAUGAUGAGGAGGCGGCGGUGGAGAAUUAAGGGGCAUGUACACUUUUGGGCAUGGUCAUGACUUGUGUUUUAGAAUGCUAUGUUUGUGCUGUGGUUGUGAAGAAGGGUUCAUUAUUGAUGAGAUCGGCUUUUACCAGUUCAUGUUUUUGAAUUUAUGAUUGGCAUAAUUUAUGUAACCCUGAAUGGUGGAGAGACCAAAAAGAGAAAAUAAUCAUGUAAUGAGAGUAUGAGGUUUGGAAGAAUGUGAAUAUUUUCAUCUUAUUUUUAUUUAUACGCUCACAUCUGUUUCUU